AUGACUGAAGCAACGCAACUCGUCUACCAGCGAGAUGGCCAACGCCUGCUUCACGGCGCCAAAGUCGUCUCCAUCGUCCCAGUAUCUGAACUCCCACCACCAGACAAAGAUCUCGUGAAAGAUGCGUCAGACGUAGAACACGCCAUCAUCACCGAUUCAACCAUCUUCCAUGUCCAGGGCGGCGGCCAACCUUCAGACAUCGGAACCAUGAACCCCUCAGAUGACGCAGCUACCAAAGACGCACCUAUAUUCCAAGUAAAAUCCGUCCGGCAACCCGCCCAAGGCAACCAAAUCCUGCAUUUCGGCCGCUUCGGCCCCUCCAACGGAACCGCCAACGCACCUUUUACCGCUGGAGCCGAACUCCAGCAGCACGUUGAUGCAGAGAAGCGCCUGCUGCACUCGCGGCUCCACAGCGCCGGCCACAUCAUGAGUCUUGCCAUCCACGCGCUCUGCCGCGAAGGCGUACUCCCCCCACUCAAAGAAUCAAAAGCAUCGCACUACCCGGACUCUGCUUCCGUUGUCUUCAUCGGCAGCCUGGAAGCAAAGCACAAGGACGUUAUCCAAGCCAAGACGGAUGAGUUUGUCAAGUCUGCUAAGCCGAUUAAGAUUCAUUGGUGGUCGAUGGAGGAGCUGAUGCAGAAGUGCUAUGCUAGCGAGGGGUUUGCGUUGCCUGAGGGGGAGACGAUGGGCAGAGUGGUGGAGAUGGAGGGGUUGGGGAGUUAUCCGUGUGGUGGAACGCAUGUGCAGGAUUGUAGUCAGGUGGGGAGGAUUGAGGUUAAGAAGAUUGCGAGGUCCAAGGGGACGACUAAGGUGUCAUACCGGGUUGCAUAG